UUUUUAGAUUUCUUUGGAGUGGAGAGAGGCAUCACGUCCAACAACACAUCAGUCCCGCCAAGCAAGAGGUUCCAGUGAUCAGCAAUGAAUGACUCUUUGAAUAUCAGCCAGUAUGACCAAGACUACGAGGAUGAACUGUGUGAAAAAGGCGAAGUGGUCCAGUUUGGGUCCAUGGUCAUUCCUGCGUUCUUCUCUGUUGUGAUCACACUGAGCCUCAUAGGAAACAUCCUUGUCCUUGUAAUUUUGGGGCUGUAUGAAAACCUCAAGUCUCUCACCAACGUCUUCAUCCUGAACCUGGCCAUUUCCGACCUCGUUUUCACCUUCGGUCUCCCCUUUUGGGCCAUUUACCACAUCUGGGGAUGGGUGUUUUCAGAGGCCCUCUGCAAAAUUGUGACUUUUGUCUUCUUCACUGGGUUUUACAGCAGCAUCCUCUGCCUCACCAUCAUGACCAUCUACAGGUAUUUGGCCGUGGUUCACCCUCUGUCUGACCUGAGAACACUGCAGAUCAGCACCGGGGUUUAUAUGUCUUUCCUUCUGUGGGUAAUCAGCAUCGGAGCAGCCGUGCCCUCCCUCUUCUAUAGCACCCUCAUUCCGAUCCCCCACCAAGGUGAACACUCUGUGGGCUGUGAAUAUGAAUCUACUAUUUGGAAAAGCAUUGGUUUCUCCCCAGAGAAUGUUAUCUUCUUGGUCACCUUCACAGUCAUGGCUUUCUGCUACAUUCAAAUACUGAGGAGAAUCUCAAAAUCAAGAUCCCACACGAAGAACAGAGCCGUGAAGUUGGUGUUCUGCAUCGCGGCUGUGUUCUUCCUCGGCUGGGUGCCGUACAAUGUGGCCAUCUUUCUGAGGAUCCUGUCUGACAAUAUGGUUGAACCAUUUGAGAAAUGUGAAGCAAGUAUCCAGCUGGACUAUGCCUUCUAUGUGUGCCGGCUCAUUGCUUUCUCCCACUGCUGCCUGAACCCUGUCUUUUACGCGUUUGUUGGGGUGAAAUUUAGGAGUCAUUUGAAGUCAAUGCUGCAUCGCAUGUUUAUUCGCCAAAGUUCAGCCGAAGAACAAAGUCUUCGCAUGCAGAACUUCUCACGUGGAUCAAUGUACUAGUUGCUGUUUGAGUACAUAACUUCCUUGCAUUAACUGUUGGAUUACUGAUCUAAAGAAUGACAGAUUUCAGUGUACAUUUGGUAAAAAAUCCAUGGUAAAGUGGUUCAAAUGUUGAGGUUUGUAGCAAGCGCCAAUAUUCACUUCCACUGUUUCUGUUUAUUGCUACAUAUAACCAGUUUCCUAAUGUGCUUUGUAACCUUAAUGUAUUCGUGGUGAAUUUCUCUGUUUUUUUUCGGUGGCACAUGAAAAAUAUUGUUCAUUACUGGCAAUGGAAGUGAAGCCAUUAUAGUAGACGUAUGUUCACAGAGUGCCACAUGAUUUAUUAUGAUGAUGUUGAUGAGGAGUUUUUAUGUAUUACUGUAAUUAUGGUUGACAGUGUACAUAUUAUGCAAUGUGUCAUUUCAUACAACAGCCACAGUAAACUCUGGUUUUCCAUAUAUUACAAUAAUGUAAGAUGUUUGUAAACAAUGUAUUUGAUGAUAUGUUUCUGAUAAAUGUAUUAGAUUAAUGUAGAAUAAAACUUGAUGGAUGUUAAUGUCAAACAUCUCUAACAUAUGUAGAUUUAAUCAGUUCCUCUCAGUUAAAAGGAAGCAGAAAUAUUUGCAUUUCUUUAUCUCUCCGUGCUGUAAAUAAACACAAUGAUAUUUUUUUCUUCUGACAACAUACUUUUUAAUAAAGGUUCAUAUUCUUCUUCUU